GGAGAGAUGGGGCAGAAAUAAUUGGAAAAAAUUGAUAUUUCAUCAGGUUUAUGAGCUCAAUGCUAAAAGAGCGAAGUUAGAAUUUCACAUCAAGCAUACUGUCUUGUCAUUGACAAAUGCAUAUUUACUUUCUAAUGCAUUUAUGAGCCAAACUGCUGUUAUGCCUGAUUAGAGUUGGCUUUGAUCGUUUUGAUCCCUGUACCAAUAUUAAAUCAGGACGCUGCAAUUUAUCACUGUACAGAUUCAUUUAUUUGUACUGUAUGCCAUUUGUCAGUCCCAGUGACAGAUGUGUUAUUUCCAUCUUUCCCCACCUUCUCUGAGAUACAUUUGAUAUAUAUCCCCAUACAAAUGCGCUCAAUCUGUGGCCCGUUCAGAACACCUGAAAAGAUGGGUACAAAAUACAUUUUUCUCGAAAUCAUAAUACAAAUGCAUGCUCACCUCCCCCCCCCCUUUUUUUUUUUUUACAUACCUGUAACUACUUCAGUGGAACUUAGGCAAAAACUAAAACAAACAAAACCAACAAAAGGUAUUUGGAUGCAUCGCAUUUUAAAGAGAAGAACUUGUGUCAUGCUUCAAACAGGUAUAGACAUACUGUAUAGGUGCCAUCAAUACUAAAAUCAACCAUAUGUGUAUUCAAGUAUGAAUUUUAGAGAAGUACAUGUAGGUGUUGAUAAUAAGAAAUCAAUCAAUUUUGAGAUAAGUCCUCUCAAUAGAUAUAUAUUCAUUCUUGUUUGAAUCAAUAUUUAUAAUAAAUUCUGUUUGUGUGAAUGGGUUUUUUUAAAGUCUGAGAUCUGGGUUUCAUGUUUACCUUAAGAAAUCAGCUGGAUAAUGCUUCUACAUGUACAUGUAGGAGUGAGGGGACGCAAGAUGAGGAAUUGUUCUUUAGAGGGAGAUCCAUCAUAUGCAUCAUUACCAUGAUGGUGCCAUUUUGGAUAGAUUUCCUUUAAUGUCUUUGAUUAAACUCAGUACACCCUCACAAGAAUAUUAAAGGGGGAGUUCACACUGACAAAAAGUUACAUUUACAAUGUAUAUCAUUCUUGACACCUAAAAGUUGUAGUUUUUACAGUGUAGGGGUAAUACAUUUUGCAAUUAAAAAACAUGAAAUGUAAUAGCACUUUUAAUAGUAAAAGAAACAACAGUUUUUCUUUAAUAAUUUUCUUCUUUUAUCUCCGCUUUUCCAUUUGUACAUUACAUGUUGUACUUUUAAUAGUAAAAGAAACAACAGUUUUUCUUUAAUAAUUUUCUUCUUUUAUCUCCGCUUUUCCAUUUGUACAUUACAUGUUGUACUCUAUAUCCUAGAUUAAUACUACCUUGAAUAAAAAAGUUAUUAAGUUUAUCCUUUGAGACAGUCUUCAAGAGGAAACAUUGCUUUAUAACAUGUGUAUUGUGUAUGUAAAUCUAUAAUAUGAAACCAUGCAUUCAGACUUCAAUUCCGAUUGCCUUGAGUUAUUUAUCCACUAAAAUACAAAAGCAACACCAGCUUGGCGUGAAGCAUAAGAGGGAAAAUAGCUCGGAGGUAAUUUAUAAGAGGAUGCAUAUUCUUUGAAUUUAUAAAAGCUGUACUAAAGGUUCUGCAUCCAAUUUGCAAUCCAAGUAUAGAAUUAUAUCAAUUCGAAUAUUAGAAAAUGGAGAUUCAGGAUUUCUGUGCGAAUAUGGAUUCUGUGUAUAGAGAAACAGGCUUUUAAAGAUUAACUCUUUUUUUUUCAUUUGCUGGACAAAAAUAUAAUGAGCUAUAGAGGUGAACUUAGUAUUGGUCACAGUUAGAAAAUGUGUGAUAAUUUUGUUUUUGAUUUUAUCCUAAAAGUUUUCUCAAAACCAAUCUGAGUACUCUUAAGAUAUUUUUUUAACAUUGAUAAUGGAAAGAAUUCUUAUGAAGGCUGUUAAUAUUGAUUUUUCUUUGGGUCUUAUUUUUGCAAACAUAGCUUUGAAUAUGAAAUGUAAAUUUUAAAUCGACAUAUUGAUACCUAUGUUUUUUAUAUUUAAUUCCAGCAUAUGUUUCCAAGAACCUACAGACUUUAGAUGAGAAUCACCAUGAAUAUGUAGAGUUAGAGGAUGUCCAGCUUGAUAAGAAAACACACAUCAUUUAUAAAGAUGGUCAAUACGUUCUCAACAAGAUUGUUUCACGAGGACAGGAUAUGCAAAGAACAGCAGAAACUUUCAGUGAAGACAGGUUAAAAGGCUUCAUUUCAGAAGGUUCCAAUUUGAUACUUCAGAGGAUUUUAGCAAGGAAAGGAGUGCCUGACAAUCUCGUCUUUGUAUCAUUUGAUGGUGAAGCAAAGUUAUGGACAACAACAUAUAGAGGCCUUGAAGAUCGUACACAGAGAGUCGGUGAAGAAGAGGUGAUGGUGAAAGGCAUUGAGAGGACCAUCAACUCAUAUGGUAGUGUUCCUGAUACAUGGCAGUCAUACUUCCUACCUGAUGGUCACUUGGCGAGUCGUGUUCACGUAGGCUCCCCAGUCACCAUGCAUCUGUUGAGGAUACCAGAGCCUCCACCGGUAGAUGAUCGGGAAGACAAGCCUACCUUCCCUAAGAAACCUCUCAACUGGGAGGAAGACAUGCAGUUGUAUUCACAGUUCUUAGACAGAAAGGAGGAGCUGAAAGGCGACCAUGCAACCUACAUGAGGCAUCAUCCAGAGCUGAAGGCUCUUCUUGCUGACUUCCUGCAGUUUCUGCUUCUCCGGAAGCCUGAGGACAUAGUGUCCUUUGCCGCCGAUUACUUCUCCUCCUUCUCAGCUUCCACCAAAUCUGGCUCUGCCUUCGCCACCUCGCAAGAACCCCGCUUCACCCCGCGGCCAACCUCACCUUACAAGAAACAAGGACCAUACAGCACAGCGUCCAGCCACUAGUCCAUGUAUGCAGACCCAUUUGUGAUUUCCAUCGGUCUUCAAGACACUGGUUCAGGGGUUCCUUCCUUAUUCUGAAACUCACCUGGGCCCCGUAACACAAAGGUUUAGCGAUUAAUCGCUAAAUGAAAUGACCUAUCAAGAUCAUCAUUGCAUGCGCAUUUUGCUCAGUAGACUGACAAGGAACCAAUCAGAAUUGUUCUUUGAAAUUAGUGAUUAAUUGCUAAUCUUUGUGUCACGUGACCCUGAUCAUAUAAGAAGCAAGAACCAUAAGACACAUUGUAUGGCCAUUGGCCAAUGAUUGCAGUUCCAUUUUCCCACAUUUUUAAGUCUUAAAAAACUUGUGUCCUUGGCCUUGAUUUAUUCUGACACUGCAGUGCACAUAAUCAUAUAAGAAGUAAUGACUGUCAAACACAGCAUUUGACCACUUGUCAAUGUUUACAGACCAUUUUAUGUUUUCCAUUAACCCAAUAGAAAUUGAAUCCGCAUGUAUGUGGGAUGGAGUCUAUGAAAAACGCAUGUUAUAGCACAGUCAGCCAGUAUCCAAUGGGUUAAUCUUUAAGAAACUCUUGACCAGGGAGGGACCCUGAUUCACCCAAGUCCAUCUGAUGUAACCUUAAAAGAGGCAAAGACUAUAUUACACAGCAUUCAGCCAGCAUUCAGCAUUAAUGUUUGCAGACCAAAUUGUUAUAUUUGUAGGAACUUUCAGGCUUUGCCAGUGUUUUUAUUGAUAUGCCUCUAUUAAGAAAUAUGUGUGUAUAUAUAAAUGAAUCCUUAUUUUAAUUUUUUUUUUCAUGUACCUUGCAGACCAAAUGGUGUAUUCAGAGAAUUCACUUAUUUCUCAUACCCUAAGAGUUACUUUUGUAUGAAGAUAUGAAGCAAACUUGGUUUUUUAAAUCUGGUUUAAACUAUAACCUUUAUAAGAAAAGUUCUUGCAUGUUACAAUGGUAACAGUCAAAUGAGUACAUUUGUACAGGAUAGGUGAACUAUGGGAUCAAAUUGCUGUUUACUCAUUUCAAAUCUGCACACAUAGACGUUAUUUUUUGGGUAGCAGUUACAUAUCAAAGUUAGAAUAACAUAGUUUCAUUGAAUAUUGAAACUGCAAAAGAUUUCGGGGGGGGUGACAUGCUACCUCAAUUCAUAUUGCAUUGAUUAUCAGAUUAACAUUUUUUUCAUCAUCAACAUUUUCAUGGUAUUGAAAAAAAAUAAAAUUAAUAAUAUACUUCAAAUUCAUUUUGGAAUCAUGCAGUAAGACGGUAUUUUGAGUUUUUUUUUUCCAAACAGGUUUCAUAAAGCUAUUUGAGAGUUAUGUACAACUUUUUGUAUGACUGGUUAUAAGCCUUUCUUAUGCUGAAUGAGAUUCUAAAUGAUAAUUUGUAUUCCCAUCAACUAAAUUUUGUUAUUCCAUAUGUUAAUACAAUUCUUGUCAUCAAGCAUCAGAAUGCAAAGUUUAUUAUCUGUAUAGCUUUGAUUAGCAUUAUUUAAACUUCACUCCCUUUAUAUGAAAAAUUGAAAAUUUGGGGUUCAUAUGAGUACAGUAUAUCUCAUUUAGUGAAAGUAAGGGUCACCAGUUUUGCAUAAAGUUGGGUAUAAAAGUUAUGAGUAAAAGUUUGUGUGUAAUUUACAACCAGCUUUAUGACAUAUCCCUUGAUAGUUAUCUUUUUUUUAAUCGUUAAAAUGCAGAUUUUGAACAUUAUGUCAGCUUCUGGGAUUAGAAAAUAAGAUAUUUCAUAGUGGGCAUCUGUUCUUCAUACCAUUGUAUUCAUGAUACAUGUAUUCCUUUGGUCUGUUUCAUAAAACUAUUUUACCAUUUUAAAAAAAAAUGGUAAAAAUUGAAAACCCAGGUUACCACACAUCUGCCAUUGGCUUUGUUUUAUUACGGGGGGGGGGGGGGAAUUAUCUGAUUUUCACGUGUAAAGAAUUUUGUAUAACAGAGAGCACUUGUGGGUAUAGAGAAUCUUAGAGUGACCACAGUUGGUAUGUAAAAUCACAUCUAAUGACUUCAAAUUUUGCAUAAACUGCCUCAAUUUAAACAAAUUCUUUCCAAUUUUGGCAAAACCUUCACAUAAUUUUAAAUUAAUUAAGCCUGGAUCAUGCAGGCCUGUAAAAUGUGAAAAGAAAACGUGGCGAUUGGGGUUGAAAUCAACAACUAUGUAUUAUUGAAAUCAUAAAUUAUUGAAGAUAUAUUAUCUUGUAUUGAUGUGAUUCAAUUCAUUUUUAGUUAUUCAUGCAUUGAUAGAGGUACGAUAAUGAAAGAACCAUUAUAUAUUGUGCAGGGUAAAUUGGGGAGGGUCUUUGCAAGUCAUGUAUCAAAUAAGCAGACAUGAAAAGACUCCUAUUAACAAUAUGGGUUAUUACUCAAUUGUAAUUUUUUCUGUUUGCUUUAAAAGUAUGAAACUGAUGACCAGUGCUAAAAAAAAUAACUUCAAUGAAUGUUACGUUGUAUCCUGGUAUUUUAUCCUUUUCAAUACUUAGAAUUCUUUAAGCAGAUUAGAAUAAAACUUUUGAAAAUUGUUUUUAUCACUGAGAUAUGAAGAUAGGGAAACCAUAAUUUAUUGAUUUGGGCAAUUCCAUGAUGAAAAUUAACAUAAUUUUUGUAUAUCUAUCUUCCAUUUUCCUGCAUUUUAACUUUAAUUCAUCACUCAAUCCAUGUUGAUUUGAAAGCAUUAUAUCUUAUCUUAUGAAGCAUGAGUUGGAGAGGAAUUAUAUCAGGACCGUCCCGCGUAGUGGAGGUCAUAGGUACUAUGGAAUAGUCCUUCUGUGUUUGUUUUAAUAAUGCUACUCCAAUCAAUCAUCCAAUCCUUAGACUUUGCAGACUUUUUGUGGCACAAAUGGGUCCAUACAUGGUAUUUUUUUGUAUUGUACAUAGUGUAGAUGAGAGUGAUAAGAAAAAUCACUUUUUGUACAGAGAGAAAAAAAUGAGAUUGUAUGAUUCGGUCAAAGAUGCGAUACAUGGAUUGUAUCAUUGUACAGUGUAGAUAGUUUAGUCUAAAUCUAGGGGAGUUUCAUGAAUGCUGUCAGCUCUGGCAGUUUCGGUAUUUAUCGGCCGAGAUGCGCUGGGCCUGAUUCAUAAAGACUGGGAAAUGUUGCCAUUAUUGUAAACUAUCAUCGGAAACCUCAAUUGUGAUUGGCUACGGAGCCCUGUUACCAUGGUGCAUGAAGUUGCCAUAAUGGUGAAACACCGUUACAGUUUUAAUGCAGGCGCGUCGUGGUCUAGUGGUUCUGACUCUCGCCUUUCAAACAGAGGGUUGUUGUUUUGAAUCCUAGCCAUGGCAUGUUUUCCUUCAGCGAGAAAUUUAUCCACACUUUGCUGCACUCGACCCAGGUGAGGUAGAUGGGUACCCGGCAGGAUUAAUUCCUUGAAUGCACGAGCGCUGAAAGGCAGCUCGAGCUAAAGCCAGGGUAAUGAUAAUAACAAUGCGCCUCGGAAUAGAUUGUUUCUAGAGAGAUGGCGCUAUACAAAUGCCUAUUAUUAAUUCUUUAUGAAACAGGCCCCUAUUCUCUGACUGUGUGUAUGGUAAGUGUUAGAGAAUAAUAAUCUGUCGGUGCUGACAACCUCCAUGAAUUGGCGCCCCAGUCUUUAUUCAUGGAGAGCUUUCUUUGAGUUUCGGUAAAGACUGAUAAAAACAGUUGACCUGCAGAAAAAAAAAUAUUUAUAUCAUAUCAUAUCAUUUUUAAAAAUGGAUAUGGGUUUUGUUUCACUCACAACCACCGAAGAGCCAUAUUUAAAUAAGGUUCAGUACAUAGGAGACUUGACAUUUGAAUACUACUACAUGUAUGUAAUUACUGGUAAUGUAUUUAGUCAGUUGGAGUGAAAUGACUACAUAAUACUGAUUAGGUCUAAGAAUAUCGAACAAAGGAGGCAAUAUACAGUGUACUUGAGUAGAAAUUGAUUCAGAAAUGAAAUAUCAAAGGAUUGUGUUAUGUGAGAGGGUACCAUUCAUAAAGUUACUCAUGUGAAUGAAGAACCUAUGGGAUCUCUGUGUCUGUGAGCAUUGUACACUGCUCUACAGAUGGACCUCUGCUGGAACACUGUAUGAGUACAGCUUACCAUUGAAUGUUGUAUGACAGUAUAGUAUGUAGUCAUUUGAGUUAUCAACUGACAUGUCACCAGAACUAAUGAAUGGAACAUAUUUUCACUGUUUAAUCUGUUCUGAGCCAAUCAGAUACAAGGAUAUCAGUAGCUUAUAACAAUAAUGUUAGUGAAAAUCUCUACUUGUUUCAUGAAAUGCUCCCCUGGUGAUCCCUUGCAUGAAUCUUUCUUUGGAGGUUUGAGAAUCAGUCGAGCAGUUUCAUGCUAAUUCUCCUUUUGCUAACAGUACUGAACCUUACAGGGCUGUCACACGCAUACAAUAAUAACUAUAUUUCUAACGGGCAUCAACUCUGAGGAAUGCUCAAGGUGCCUACGUGAUAAUGUUAUUAUGAUCACGCCGGCUGUAGCCGUGCCUGCCUUCAGGCGCCCGAGCAAUCAAGGAAUGUUUUCUUACCGGGUACCCAUUCACCUCUCCUGGGUUGGGUGCAGCACAAUGUGGGUAAAUCUCUUGCUGAAGGGAAACAUGUUGUUGCUGUAUGCGGUAUGGGAUGCCAUUUUUUAUAAUGUAAUCCUUUCUCUUGAUAAUUCUUAUUUGAUUGGAAGAAAUCCUUUUGUCAACAGAUGUCAAUAUGAAGAAAUACAUUUAGGAUUAAAAGAUAAAGUAUUCCUGUGGCAGCCCCCUUUUCUGCACAAACUAAGCAGUCAAUAUUUGCUUUAUAAAGCACAUCCCAUAUGUCAGUUUUUCCAACCAGAGCUAAUUUUAAUAAUGUAUGCUUGUGAAAGUGUAUUUAUUCAUUGAGAGCAAUGUUAAAUUUGUUAUAAAGCAUGUAUGGAACAUACAUGUCACACACUGCAUCUGCAUGUAUUUAUUGGUUGGUGUUGGCUUAUGCAAUGUCAUUUUCCAUCCCAAUUUGGCAUUCAAAGAAACUUACUCCUUUUGUCACAUUUUUGUCUUCUUCAUUUUCUUUUAUUUGGGCUUUACAAUCAGGUGAGAUGAAGUUCAUUUUCAUAACUGUGUGUGUCAUGAAUGUAAGUUUUUAUUUGUCAUUAAAUUAUGAAAAUAUGCAUGGAAUACAAAA